GUCGAUACAGCGGUCGCGCCCGCCGACCAGACACGCCCAGCAGCCCAGCCAGCGAGCCGCGCGCGCGCGCCAUGAGCGGGACGAACGGCAGCCAGGUGGAGCCGGCCGCCGCCAAGAGGGCCGCCGAGCAGAACGGCGCGGCGGCGGAGCAGUCGAGUGCGCUGGUGCGCCGCCAGAGCUCGCUGCUGCACGAUGGCUGCAUGUUCCACAACGACGUGGAGCUGGACCACCGGCCGUCGCCGCGCCAGCAGCUGGUGGCCGAGAUGGCUGACAGCUACCGCCACCUGCUCUCGUCGCUCGGUGAGAACGUGGAGCGCGAGGGCCUGCUGCGCACGCCGGAGCGCGCCGCCAAGGCGCUGCUCUACUUUACGAAGGGCUACGACCAGAGCAUCAAGGAUGUGCUCAACGAGGCGGUGUUCGACGAGGACCACGACGAGAUGGUGAUCGUCAAGGACAUCGAGAUGUUCUCCAUGUGCGAGCACCACCUGGUGCCGUUCAUGGGCAAGGUGUCGGUGGCCUACCUGCCGCGGGGCAAGGUCAUUGGCCUGAGCAAGGUGGCGCGCAUCGUGGAGAUCUUCAGCCGCCGGCUGCAGGUGCAGGAGCGGCUGACCAAGCAGAUCGCGCACGCCGUGCUCGAGGCCAUCAACCCGAGCGGCGUGGCCGUGACGGUGGAGGCGGCGCACAUGUGCAUGGUGAUGCGCGGAGUGCAGAAGAUCAACUCCAAGUCCGUCACCAGCUGCAUGCUGGGCGUGUUCCGCGACGAUCCCAAGACGCGCGAGGAGUACCUGGCGCUGAUGCGCUAGCUGGGUGGGGCGGGCGGCCCGGCGGCGCGGCCGGCCCGGCUCUGGCGCCGUGGGCUUCGCUGCAGCCCCGCGUCGGUGUAGCUGACGGAGUUUUCGUUGGCAUUGCUGUGGGCCCGAGGUAAGCAUGCCUCGGCUUUGGUUGUUCACGCAGCUGUAGUUAUGACAGCUGUCUGCACAUCAUGUCUACGCCAGUCUCAGCUGGCUCGCUGUCGUCGCUUCCCACGUUCGUUUCACCAUAUGCUACGUAGGCGGGAUAGUUCAAUGUGAAGGCCCUGCUAGCUGGACGCGAUCGGUGACGGUCGCGGCACUCAGGACCCGUCGUCUCCCGCGCGCAGUGUGCUUUGGCCGUGGCGUAGUCUCCGCAACGUCGUCUCUUUAGAGGCCGGGCAGCGCUGUGCCAACUAUACGUAUCUGUGACAAGGUGGGACCAAGUCGGCUGGGCCGAUCCGAUGAUGAAGGGACCAAGCAGUCGUGGCCGACUGCACAUCCGUUGUCUCGUUGGUCGUUGCGCGCUGUAAGGUGGCAGCGGUGGCUCGCGACGCGCUCGGUCGCCGCUGUCCGCCGCUAAAACCCUUGGUGGUGUCAUGGUCGUCAGUCUCUGAAUAAAGCCUGGCAUC